GGCGGAUCUCGCACACGCCAAGCCUCAGCUCCGUUUCUGUGGCGCAAUGCAACCCCGCAAUGUCGCGACACGCGUAUGAUCAGCUAGCAACGAGGGGAUCCGCUCGCGAGCUGUGUAGGUUGCAAACAUCUGUUUCUCAGCAACUCAACACGGUACUCGAUCGUACGAUAUUGUCUAGAGAACUAGCAUAUACUCAUUCAGCAUGUCGACCAAUGGCACUCAAAAUUUGGAACAGGGCAACAGAGCUUACGUUGCUGAAUUCACGCAUGGUGACCUUGCACUUCCACCCAGCCAGAAGUACGCGAUCCUUACAUGCAUGGACGCUCGUAUAGAUCCAGCUGCUGCUUUCGGCAUACCUCUGGGCGCCGCUCAUGUCAUACGCAACGCGGGCGGAUCAGCUCGCGAUGCAUUUCGCUCUAUCGUGAUUUCGCAACAAUUGCUAGGUACAACGGAAGUUUUAGUUGUUAAGCACACUGGGUGUGGAAUGCUUACCUUUGACAACGAGACGGCGAAGGGACUCGUCAAGAAAAACAAGGGCGACCUUGCAGCUAAGGAGGUGGAAAACAUCGACUUCCUCACUUUUCCUGACCUUGAGGCAAAGGUCAAGGAGGAUGUCGAAUGGCUGAAAGGCACCGCUGUCGAGGAAGGCAUUAGGAUCACCGGAUGGGUGUAUGAGGUCGAGACCGGUAGAGCGAGGCAAGUAAUCUGAAUGCACGUCUUCAGUGGAAAAGCUCUCGAGAACUUCCCGGUUGAAGUGGAAAGAGUCACAUGACUAAUUUGACACCUUAUAAAUAGAGUGCUUUUUCCUUUGUUAUGUCUCAUCGGACUUUUGCAUAACAUGUCAUCCGUUCCAUAUAUGUCCUACUAUCGUUGUGCG